UCGGUAUGGUGCCCACCGGGCACAUGAAGAUCCUCGUUGUGACCACCACCUGAGCCAAUCUCCCUCCUGCUCAUUCACUCAAUCAUCCUCCCGUUGGCUGCUUUCCAUCUGGCCGGAUUGUCACUGCCUCUCCGUUGUCCUCGAUGCAGUAACUGCCCUCGGGUGGACCCCCCGGAUGGUGAGCUUCAACAGCCCAAUGUUAGAAGUCCCCGCAGUCCGAAAUCCGAGGGCGUUAUGAAAUGCGCACCUGCUCAGGGCACAGCCCGGAAAUCACAGGUUACUGCCGACGAUGUUGGAUGGAUAAGAACCCACUUGCCAUUUGAAUUUCAUCGCGUUUCUGCCUUCGUUGGCAGUAGUUCAUCUCUGAGUGUGAUUGAUCUUGUUGGCGUGCUCUGAAGAGUAGAAGUGGCCUCGUCGUGGACUUGGCAGAUGUUUUUUUUGCGUAGGAAUGCAUGAAGCUUUUGUUGAUUGAAUGCAGUUUGUGAUGAGUGCAAGUGGAGCUGCGCCAUGGUGUUAAUUGUGGGUGGAAUCGCUUCGGAGUUGGUGGCUUCCGAAGUCGAGCGAUUUGUAGCUGGCGCAGUUGCAGAUUUCAGCUUACUUCCGCUUUGCUCACUCGCUGGGUGUGGGAGCACAGCUUCGGACUUGCGGGAAAUGAAGUCGUGGUAGUCGAGCAAGGGCUACGAUGAUGAAAAUCUGAAAUCGAUGAGCGCCUGGGCGGGCGUGCAUCCCAUUGCUCCACUUCUUGCUUCAAACACUUCAACUCCACGUGGUCUGAGCGUAACAGAGAGCGUUGUGUAAUGUGAGGCUGGGUUGGAAAACGUAGAAAUCCAAUCCCCAACAACUGUCAGUUAUCAGAUAAACAAUCAACGGGGUUGCUUAUAUUUGUUUUCAACUCAGUAAGAAUCUCUACUUUUUAGAAGCUCUUGAUUCCAGUGGUGCAGAAAUUGGGCUAGUUCAAGUCUAAGGGAUAAAAUCGAAAGUUUUUCACCAAAGUAGUCUAAGUUGGAUGCGAUGAGUGCAGGAUUAACCUUAACAUGGGGAAUUGUUUUGUAUUUUAGCCAUUCUUCAAGCACCCACAACGUGCAUACGUUAGACUGUAGGAUAUUAGAAUCGGGCGGCAGAAUGGCAGCAUAAGUUAAUAUCACAACUGGGAGAUACAGGUGCUUUGGGGAAGCAGCAUCGAUGUUACGACGUAAGGAAUCCGUAGACAACGCACCGCGGAUGAAGAUGAUGCACUUAAUGGUCAAUCGAAGGCAGGUGCUGAACAAGAAGACCAGCUUGGUUAAAGAGACCCUCAACGAUGGUCUCGUAACGUUUGGUCUCGACAGCCAGGAAUCUGACUCCUCGAAAUCUAGACACCGACCACGUAGAAACUGCAAAUAUGCGACGUCAGAGAGUCACUCCUCGUCAAGAUUCCAUGGCAACGAGGCGGCGAAAGUCACAGCCGAUGACCCCACCGGAAAGUUUGCUUACGUAUCCCUGGAUGGGCGCCUCAUUAAUGCGGAGCUGGCAACCAGCAUAUCGAGCAUCGGCGGUAAGCUCGGCGACCAGGAAGCGCAAGCCUGGGAAGAUUUUGCACCAAUACAGCGUGUUUUGAUUGUCGCGCUCUCCGCUGCCGCUGCUGCAGAGGCGAAGCAUAGGAACAGAGAAGAAAUUGAUUUGCUAUUCAAGGCUGUUGAGAAACGGGAAAACGAGCUUAUAUUACUCCGGCAACAAUUCAGUCUGCUUUGCAAGCAAAAUCACACUGAUACCCUCCAGAUUCACCCUGAACCACUUCUGUUACCUGAGAAUUUGGUGGUAAGUAGUCCUAUAUCACCUGCUCGGAGGGGAUUACAGACGGUACGGCGCAGCCUCAAUGGGGACAACAUAAACUUGAGUCUUGACUUGAAGGAGGAUUGGAUCUCAACAGAGGUUGCAAUGAUGACGCCCUGCGUGGUGGGUUCUGAGUUUAGAGGUUGUGAGGAUGAUGCUCGCCGGCUGUCUCGAGACAAUCUUGUAAAUAAGGACGUAGUGUUCGUUGAGAGCACACCUUGUAAAGGAAAAGCAUCCACUCGUUUCUCAGUGGGCGAUGAAGCGUGGGCCGAGGAGGAAGCUAAAUGGUACGUUAAUCCCAUGGUGGAAACCACCCAUGACUUCUACAACAUUUCCACGCCUGAGCGGUGCAAUUCCAUGUACUCCAUCUGCAAUCCGGCGAGGCAAGGGUCCUUCGAGUGGAAGGUUUUGAGGUCAUCGUUUGCAAGCAGGGGGACGGAAAUUGCAAAUCGGAGUAACCCGCUCGUGAAUUCCCCAAAGAUGAAAUUUAGCAACUCAAGUAAUCAACCGAGAGCACAAUUAGCCAAGGAUGGGGCUGUGGUCAAGGAUCACAAAGCAAUGCUUGCAGUUUGCGCUGCAGUCGUCAUUGAUCUCAGGAAGCAAAUGCUAAAAAUUCUAGAUGAGGAGACUUCAAUGGUCAUCGAUGCACUGGAUCAAAGCGUGGAAGACGCGAAAACUCGUGUUGCAUCAAUGCAUGUAACGUUAAAGAGUUGUUUGAAUGCUUCGGUUCCAAAGGCACUAGCAGGGAUCAACCUUUCUCCUUCCGAGUUCGACAGCUCUAUAUUCAGCGAAACUCAGGGUGCUUGUAACUGGAAUGGCGCAUCAAAAACUCAAGAAAGUAUUCUAGCUUGGAACGCGUACCUUGGGACAAAUUGUGGGCCUGAAAUGCCUUCUGCUUAUGAAGUAGAGAAGAUCCAAAAGAAUUCCGCCGAGUACUUGGAAGAGCAAUUGUUGAGAGAACUGGACAAAACGGCAGUUGAAGUACAUCUCGAGGACCAGGUCAAAAGUCGCGAGGAUAUUGCCGAGUUGGCAAGGCAGCUCCAGUCGAAGGAGGGGGAAGUUGCAGAUCUGAAGAGAUGCCAACAGGCUUUGUUAGGUAUCAAAAACAAGGAAAUUGAGGAACUGAAAGAGGAUAAGGAAUGUGGUGCCGAACUUGACAAACAAUGUGCGGCUGUCAAAUCCGCCAAAGCCGCAAGUGUUGAUAGGUCGGCUAUGCUGGAGGAACUCUGUAGGCAAAAGGACACCUCACUAACUAAUCUGAAGCAGGGUAUUCUAUCCCUAGAGUCAAAGGUGCAGAAGUCUCAAGCAUAUCAACCACCAGCUGUGCCUCGAUCUCGACAAAAUUCUACACCUUCCACCCCCUCAAACAGUGGAUAUGGGGCACCUCGGAAAGAAAGACCCACUGCGAACUAUGCUUCUUCACCUCCUGGAAGUGACCCUAUCCUCGUGCACAUAGGAAAAUCCAUGAGAGAGGUAUCAAACUCUGAUAGCCUCCACAGAAACCCACCUCACAUAGACACUCAAAGACAAGAGGAAAUCACAGACGACGCAAGGUCGGAGCAGGAAACCUCUCAGGAAUACUCAUCUGCACCAGGGUCAACAACCAUAGAUAAUUUCUCCGUUAACUCACUUGCCUCGUCAGAAAAUGAGGUUGAGAGCCAAAUAGGAAGCGAAUACUGCAGCUCGGGUGACUAUUCGCGGCACCACAACUCCGAGGAUAGGCACUUUACCACGGGAGCUUCUUCUCACAACCGGACGCUUCAAUUCAAGAAAUUCGCCUCAUCAGGAUUGCGAAGAUCAGCUGCAACAUCCACCGCGAGUAGUGUUCGUGGCCUCAAACGAGUGCAACCCAGCAGGAUUUUCUCAUCUGUAACAUCAAGAUCCCAGCUAGCCUCAGGAAGGAUGCACUCCACCAUACCUUUGAGCAGAACUCUUUCUUACAAGCCUAAGAAGGCGAUGAAAGGCCGUAACAGCCCACAGAUUAAGAACUCAAAGACCUUAAGACCAAAGUCUGCAAAUAUGGCUACGAACUACCGUAGCUCGUCGUCUAUAGACAUGAGCUUCAAAGCAAACGUUAGUCCUGGUCACAUAACUCUUGGAUCCUCUGCAGGAUCAGUAGACAGCCUAGACAGACUUGCAAUCAAACGGAAGCGGUGGAUGUGAUCGCACCACCGUAGCAGAACACGACUCAUGUACAUAUUCCCCAAGGGGUGUUCCCUGCUUCUCCCUCCGAAGCAUCAACAAAAUUAUCAACACCGUGCACUGAGAAUAUUUAUUCCA